AUGACGAAGGCGAAGGCGCUGAGCAAGGUGACGCGGAAACGGGGGCGACCACCGAAGGUCACCCUGUCACCGUUGUUGCCCGUUCCUGAUGGUCACGCGGAGAUUUCUAAGGAGGAGGGAGGGUCUGUGUUUGUAGGUAGCGAGGAGGCUAUGGCUGAAGAGCCAAACGCGAGGGAUCUUGGUUUCAACCCUAAUCCUAAGCAAGGGGGUAAUGAAAUUGAGGUGGAGGAAACUGCUAUGCCUGAGAAUGCUAAACUUUGGGUGGAUGUCAUCAGUGGGAGUUGCAAGACUGAGAAUGGUAAAGCUCUCAAGUUUGUUGCUCCUAUAAUUGUCAAUGGGGAAGCGGUUGUUGAGAUUGAGGAGGAGGAUGUAGCUGGGGAGAGGCGCUUCUGGGAAACGUCACUCAUCAUGUAUGCGAUUGGGGGGGAUCUGAGCAUGACAGCGGUGAAGAAUUUCAUGGCUAAGGAGUGGAACUUUGUGAAGCUGCCAGAGAUGUUCUACAACGACGAAGGCUACUUCAUCUUGAAAUUCAAGACUAAGAAGGAGCGUGAGGAAGUUAUGUUGCAAGGACCUUAUCAUACGUAA